AUGGAGCAAGAGCUUGCCGAACUCAAGAAGCAGGUGCACGCCUUGCAAAAGGAGCUUUCGCGAGUCUCGGAUGAGGCCGAGGUCCGCAAGACGCACCACAAGUAUGGAUACUACCUGGACAAGUGUCUGUACAACGAGGUCGUCGACAUGUUCUCGGAUCAUCCCGACGCCUACGUUGAAUUCCUCGGUUGCCGGUACCGUGGCAAGGAAGGGAUCAAGCGGCUCUACCAGGGGCGUUUCCAGCAGACGUUCGUCAAGGGUCGUAACGGACCGGUGCACGGCUGGCUGCUGGACCACAUCAUGAUGCAGGACAUUGUGGACGUCGACGAGACGGGCACGCACGCCUGGUGCCGCAUGCGGGCGCUCAUGCAGGCCGGCACCCACCAGAGCAUCGAGGAGUACUACCCGCGCGGCCACCGCCAGUGGUGGGAGGGCGGCCUGUACGAGAACGAAUACAUCAAGGAGAACGGGGUGUGGAAGCUGUUCCGGUACCGCUACUUUCCCUUCUGGCACGCCGACUUCGAGAGGGGAUGGAGCCACACCAAGAAGAACUACAUCCCCUGGCCCACCGUCACGUACCCGGAAGACCCGCUCGGCCCGGACGAGAUCCUGGAGCAAAAGAUGCUCUGGCCCGACACGCGCGUCGUGCCCUUCCACUACCCGCACCCGGUCACGGGCAAGCCGACGGCGCCGGACGACCUACGCGCACCCGCGUACGGCGCCGACGUUAGCACUAGCGACCCCCCGCUGAGCCUGGACCUGCCCGCCGGACAGAGCAGGCCAGGAGCGACUUCACGGGAGCCGAAGCCGGGGGACAGAGUGCUGCCGGAGCUGGUGCAAAACAAGGUAGAGUGAUAGAGUGAUCAAGUCUGGAUGGCCUUGGGGAAGGGAGGGAGAAGGGGGGUUGUGUGCGCAAUGCGGAGAGCAAAGUUUGCGGGCGCGUAUUAAAUAAAGUGCAAACAAAAUGUUCAUCUGUAAUUACUGCGCUCGUAGUGAGGUAUAUAUCAGGUAUUCUUGGGAAUUGAGAACAAAUCAUUCACG